UGGCAUCACAAGUUAAAUGAUUGCACUCCUAGGCGCAGUCAUGCACCGCAGCACCAGUCAGAAGACCCUUGUGGGCUAUUAGUUGGCCUAAAGAUCACAGCCCAUCAACAUGGGGAAGGGCAAUGUGUGGAGGCCCGGGAAGAGAGAUUAGAUUAUUGUUCUACGAAACUUGUCCAAAACCCUACACCCGUAAUUCGCAAGGAACCUUUGUCCAUACGUGGCCGUCGGUGCAGGGCCGGCCCCUGCUUUUGUUGGCAUGUGGAGAUCCAAUCGAUAAAACCAAAGAAAAGUCUGCAUUAUUAGAUGCCUCGUCUUCCAUGUACAUGUACAUAUCUUGGACUCUCUACAUGAUACAGAUUAUAGUGGUGUAUCUUGGUCCUGUUUGAUCCUUGUCAUGGCUGACGAAAACCAGCGAACCGAGCUUCCGCAAGAGCGGCCCCAACAGUCAACAACCAUCCCCCAAGAACAACCCCAUCAAUCAACGAUACUCCUCCCAGGGUCAGUGGGCCAUCCAUCUGGAGUAGAGGUAGCACCAAAAACAACAUGGCCUGAGGUGGUGGGCAUGACGGUGGAAGAGGCAGAAAGGAAGAUAAGAGAAGAUAUGCCUAGGGUGCAGUUCCAAGUAGUUCCGCCAAAUUGCUUUGUGACCAUGGAUUUCAACACUAGGCGAGUCCGACUGCACGUGGAUUCUGAAGGAAAGGUUUCCCGGGCCCCUAGAAUCGGCUGAUAGUUGUCAAUGUCCUUCCCUAGAGACUAAUAUAUUGGCCUUUAUAAUGCAUGUCUUUCCCUUGUAUGCAGCAGAUUUGGUGUUUCAGACUUUCUAUAUGUGGUAUCUAUUUUCAUUUGGUUAGCUGGAGCUUUAAAGCUUGGAUUUUAAUUAGUAAGAAGUAAGAACAAACUUGUUGUGCCAUUUGGAAUAAAUCAAUUUCAUCA